UCAUUUUAAACAAAAAGUCGGGGACGUACCUGUUCUCUUGAAGUCCUUGGGGGGGCCCUGUCAUCUUGAAGUCCUUGGGGCCUCCCCACCGGCCUUUGCUCCCCGGGGGUCUUCAAGUCUCGCUGAACCCAAGGACUUAGGGUGAGCGGUGAGGGAGGCCGGAACAAUUCCUUCGCGGAACCAUCGAGGCGAGGCCUCUGGGAGCGCUUUGAGAGAAGGACCGUGGCGGGCCGGGCCGAACUGGUAGGGAUGGCGACGGAGGCGACGGACGCGGGGCCGAGGGCUGCAGUCCCUGUGGAGCUGCGGCGGGAGCGGCGCUUAGUGUGCGUGGAGUACCCGGGCGUGGUGCGCGACGUGACCAAGAUGCUGCACACUCUGGGCGGCGAGGAAGGCGUUUCCCGAAUCUACAUGGACCCCACCAAGAGGCUAGAACUAUACUUCCGGCCCAAGGACCCAUACUGUCAUCCUGUGUGUGCCAACCGCUUCAGUACCAGCAGCUUGCUGCUCCGGAUCAAGAAAAGAACAAGGCGACGGAAAGGGGAGCUGGGUGCUGAGGCCAACCCCGAGGUCACGUUUGACAUGGAGAUCCUUGGCAUUGUCUCCACCAUUUACAAAUUUCAGGGGAUGUCUGACUUCCAGUACUUGGCAGUGCACACAGAGGCCGGCGGCGGGCACGUGUCCAUGUAUGACAAAGUGCUCAUGCUCAGGCCUGAAAAGGAGGCCUUCUUCCACCAGGAGCUGCCGCUCUACAUCCCUCCACCCAUCUUCUCCCGGCUGGACACUCCAGUGGACUACUUCUAUCGCCCAGAGACACAGCAUCGGGAAGGCUACAGCAACCCCACCAUUUCAGGCGAGAACCUCAUUGGCUUGAGUAGGGCCCGACGCCCCCACAACGCCAUCUUUGUCAACUUUGAGGACGCUGAGGUACCUGUGCAACCUCUGGAGGCUGCCGUGCAUACAUGGAAGAAGGCCUGCACCAACCCCAUAGAUAAGAAGGUAGAGGAGGAGCUGAGGAAGCUGUUUGACAUCCGUCCCAUCUGGUCACGAAAUGCUGUCAAGGCCAACAUCAGUGUCCAUCCUGACAAGCUCAAGGUCUUGCUUCCCUUCAUGGCCUAUUACAUGAUAACAGGCCCCUGGAGAAGCCUAUGGAUUCGAUUUGGCUAUGACCCCCGAAAACACCCAGAGGCCAAGAUUUAUCAAGUCCUUGACUUCCGAAUCCGUUGUGGAAUGAAAUAUGGCUAUGGCUCCAGUGAAAUGCCUGUUAAAGCGAAGCGCAGCACCUACAACUAUAGCCUGCCCAUCACCGUGAAGAAGACGCCCAGCCAGCUUGUUACCAUGCAUGACCUGAAGCAGGGCCUGGGCUCAUCGGGGGUAGCUGGUCCACGGAAAUUGAUCUCCAACAAGUACAAGCUCAAGGACUCAGUCUACAUCUUCCGGGAGGGGGCCUUACCACCCUAUCGACAGAUGUUCUACCAGUUAUGUGAUUUGAACGUGGAAGAGUUGCAGACAAUAAUCCACCGAAAUGAUGGGGCAGAGAAUGUGUGCACAGAGCGGGAUGGGUGGUGCCUCUCCAAGACCACUGACGAGCUGAGGGACACCAUGUCCCUCAUGAUCCGGCAGACCAUCCGCUCCAAGAGGCCUGCUCUCUUUUCCAGCCCAGGCAAGACUGACCAUGCAAAAGGACAGUUGAUGUUUGAGUCCGGGGAGGAAGAGGAGGAGGAGGAAGAAGAGGAGGAAGAUUUCAAGCCCUCAGAUGGGAGUGAGAAUGAGAUGGAGACAGAGAUUCUGGACUAUGUGUGAAGAAGCUUUGGUCCCCAGGCUGACCAGGUGAGAAUGGCAUUCAGUCUGAUAAGGAAGGCAGAGCGAGCCAUGCUCCCCCUGUCACCUGCAGUAACAAGGAUGGCCCUUGAAGCUGCUCUGAGGAAAGCUGUACUCCCACAGUCAGGCCUUGGCCCCAGCUGUGACAUGGUGCUUGGUGCUGCCUUCUGCACUGGCUCCAUGUACUGAUGAUCCAGCACAGUGCCUGGCAGACUGAGCUGGCACUCUCAGCCUCCCUGACUGAGACCAGCAAAAACCAGAGGUGGACGUAGUGCAGCAGGGGCACAGCCCAUCCUGACUUGGUUCUUGUGACCCUCGUGGCAGAGCUGGCAUGAGGAGCCUGGUUAAUUCACACAUGGCCAAAGAAGGCUCUUGGCUUCAGCUGCCAUCAGUUGGGGUGGUUUUGAUAAAAGCCAACCCUAGCCAGAACUGUCCCUCUAAGUCAAUAUUCCUGAGGAAUCUGGGUGUCUUAAUACAAGGGUGAGGCCAUAGGGGAGGUUCCUCUUGCCUUGAGUUCCCCAGCAUCUUGUUUGUUCUUUUGCUCCUUCAGGGACAUGCUGUAGUGCUGGCACAGUUGGGUGAGUUGAGGAUGCAGGCCAGGCCUGUUUCUGACUUCUCCAAAUGGCUUCGCUCUUCAGAAGUUCCCUGGAAAUAGGCCCAGUUGUCCCAUGCUUCCAAGUAUGGAGCCAGAGACUUGUUAGGCCCUACCAAGCCCAUCUCCCUGGAGAGCAUUCCCAUGUAGUGAUCUCUGUGCCCAGGGGGCAGCCACCCCACUUCCUGCAGGCACCUGAGCCAGAGACAGGCCAUUAGCCUGUUUCUCUGUGUGACCCUUAGUGCAUGUAACAGCUUGGCAUCCAAAAUAAAAUCACACUAUUUCCAAAGCCAAGUGCCUCAAGCCAGCCCCAUCCUGUGGACCAGGUUCCUGGGAAACCCCUCCCAUGAAACAGCCGGGAACCCUGUGGCUCAUUUGACCCACAGUGACCAGUCCUAGAACCAGCUAUGCAGGGGGAAACAGCCAGGCUGUCCCCAGUAGCCCCUGGUGGCCUGCUCCCUGCUGCUGUGGAGAAAGCGCUUCCUGGAGGCCAGGUGAGAAGCAGUUCUUCCCUCAAGUGAGGCAAGUUGGCCUGUGCCCCUCUGUGGGACCUCCCUGUGGAGCAAGUGGUCUCUGCAAGAUGUCGUCUGGGGCUGCUCCCACUUCUGAGUCCUCAGGGAGGACAUUGUGCACAUCUGAGGAAGGUAGCUGGCAGGGACCACCCCACUCCCACUGCCCUCUACUGCAACUGGGCCUUACCCUCCAGAGCCCUGCCAAACCAGCUUAGGUCUGUCAGAUUAGAAGGGCUUCCUAAAGUUUACCCAAAUUGUGAUUCCUCUCCUAGGAAACCCCUUUAAAUAAAAGCUUUUUGUUAUGAAAAAUAUGAAACAUACACAAGUACUGAGUACUUUGUGAGCUGUUUACCCAUCUCCCACCUUCAACAGUUACAUUUUGCCAGUCUUGUUGCA